UCAACACCACCGACUUCUUCUGGCCAUCGCAGCUCCACGCCAAACGCCACGCCGCAGAAGCACGAAGUGCCGGACGAGCACCUUAGACUCCUGGAAGGUACUGAACAUUCCCUACAGAUCGCCAAGACUGAGAUAAGCAAGUGGGAAGGAUGUACAGAAGAGCGAAAGAGUCGUGAUUGAGUGGCGAAAAAAAAAAAGUGUGUGUUUUCCCAGUGAAAAUUGUGCGUGUUUUGUGGUUUGCAGUGAUCGGCAAUUCUUCCUCUUCUUGUACAGAGAGAAAAAAAAAGUCCCACACGAAAGCGCUAGACAGCAAUGUUGUUUGACAAAUUGACUGAUUCCCUCUCAAUUUAAGCCAGCUAAGAUAGAAAUGUGUGAACGAUUCUUUGAGGCACUUUUCUCGAUCAGCACGAAGAUUAACUUCACUUUUUUCAGAGAUUAUGCACUUUUUCCCCUGUUGGAAUGUGAGAGGAGAUUUUGUGUAAAUAUUUUGGUCAAGAAUGAAUUUUGUGCAAACUCUCUUGAAAUGCAGUGUUUGACUGAGACAAGUGAAAGAGGUAUUUUUGUGUGCACAAAAAAAUAAAGCAAAGGUAAACAGACGGUGUUAAAGUUCACAGAUUGAACGAUAAACACUUUUGAUACGCGAGACAUUCCAGUGGGAAUUUUGUCUCGCAAGCUGGUAAAAAACAUGUGGAAAGAUCGCUAUUUUCUCUCCACCGAAGAGCUUCAGCUUGUGCGCCAGCAAUAUGCUGAAUCCCAGAGGCGAGAGCGAAUCCUCGUGCGGCGCUUGGCCAACAAGGAGCAAGAGAUGCAAGAUUAUGUGACUCAAAUAUCAGAACUGAAGUCAGCUCAGGCGCCAGGGCCGAGCGCACUGAAGAAUGCUCUCCUCGAUCCCGCUGUCAAUUUGCUGUUCCAGAAGUUGAAGACGGAGUUGGUGCAGACGCGAGCGCGCCUCGAGGAGACGCAAAAUGAGCUGUCAGCGUGGAAGUUCACGCCAGACUCCAAUACGGGCAAGAGGCUGAUGGCCAAGUGUCGGUUGCUGUAUCAGGAGAAUGAGGAGCUGGGCAAGAUGACAUCCAAUGGGCGGCUGGCGAAGCUGGAGGGCGACUUGGCGCUGCAGAAGAACAUCAGCGAUGAGCUGAAGAAGACGCAGCUGGAUCUGGAUGAGGUACUUAUGGAGCUGGAGGAGGACCUCGAGGGCAUGCAGAACACGAUUGUGCUGAUGCAGCGGGAGCUGCAGGGUGCAAAUGAGAAGAUUGCAUCGCUGGAGCGCGAGAAUGGCGAGCUGCGGCGUGGCGCGGGGUGUGAACAUGUGAAUGGGAGUCGCGAAAUGGACGUGAACUGUGGUGGUAGUGCAAGAACAGCUAAAAAUGUUGAUAAUGUUUGUUUGAACAAUGGAGCGGAGGUCAACUGCAAGGACUCAAUGGCACGAACUGUGUGUGAUGCUGAGCCGGCGGCGGCGGCGGCGGGGUGUCCGAAUGGGGGCGCCGCAGCGGCGGCGGAGGCGGAACCGAUGGCGGUGGAUGGUGAAAAUGCUUGUAGUAGAAGUAAUAAGCGGACGUACGAUGAAAGUGAUUCAAGUGAAUUUAAUGCUUGUAGCAAGACAAGACGAUCGUCAGUAGUGAAUCAGCAGGAGGAUGAGGAGAGCAUCAAAGUACAGAAUUUUACGGCAUUGACUCAAAAUGGAACUUUAAGCAAAACUUAAAAGAAUGCGCGCAGAUUGAUUUGCAAGAUAAAAGAAAAAAAAAAACAGAGAUUAUCGGUAGGACAGAAUGAUACAUUAACAUUGAGAACAACAUUGAUACAAUUCUUCAUUUUAUUUUAAUAAAAGAAAAUAUUCAUUCAACUAA